AUGGUGCGCAAAGAAAAACAAAGUAGUCGAGCGACACUCAGCUCCGAUGAUAUGGCAAGUGCCGUACAAGAUGUUUUGGACGGUAAAUCAUUAAGAAUUACUGCCGUUGAACACGGAGUAAAAUUUCAGACAUUUCAAAAAUAUGUCGCAAAAAAACGUACUACUAAUCCAGAUGAUGAUCAAAUGGAACCCAAUUCUACUGUACGACGUGUGUUUUCAGAGGAACAGGAAAUUUCUCUAUGUGACUAUAUCAAAACUUGUAGCAUAAUGAGCUACGGAUUAACAACCAUCCAAGCACUAAAGGCUGAUCGAAAUAUUUCCAAUACCAGAGCCGAGCAAGCAAAGAGAAGAGCAUUGGCAAGGAAAAGAGCCAUUAACCAACAAGUCAAACCUCCUAAACCAACUAUAGUGCGCUACGCGGUACCACACCACUUACAAGAGAAGAUGCUAGAUAUUAGUCAACUACAACAUCUUUUGAGGAGCAAAGAACUAACAGACGCAGCCACUCAGACUGAAAACGAUCAGUGUUUGAGCCAAGAAUCUCUUAGUAUAGAAAAGGCACACGUACAGGUUCAAGUGCAUCCUACAGACCUAUUUGACUUUAACGUCGAAGUCCAACCAAUUGUGGAAGUUUUGGUAGCAAAAACCAUCGAAGAAGCUCUAAUAGAAGUACUAGAAGAAGAGGAACUAAUGGCAAUGAAAGAACAGCAAAGAAAAUUUUUAGAAUACAUGGCUACUAAUACCAGUGAUGAAAUAGAAAGUGACUUCAACGAGAACAAAUUUAAGAAUUUUUCACAAAAUAUAUUUAGGAAUAAUUAUAUGCCCAAUUUGAUAACGUCCGUUUAA